UAUCGUGAUGUCAACUUCUCACGCAUGAUCUUUGCUGGCGUACAGUCCCAACCAUCCUGAUGCUCUCCGUGGACAGAGUGGCAAUUCCAAAAUCCAUCGUGCAUUUUGCAGCAGCUCUUUCCCGAGCCCACUCGCUGGGGGAUGCUUGCACGUCAAACGGGAUUUGUUUGCGCCGAAAGGGUACUCGCCGACUCAACCGGCAAGCGCAACACAGUCUCGGCGUGUGUGGUUCUUUCCAACCAAAACAACCACAACAACCACAACAACGCGCCUGACCUCAACUUCAGGCACCAACAACUCUUCUGCGUAGAAUGCAAAUCUUCCUUCACUUUCAUCAACCCAACCAUCGCCAUGUCACGCGAUAGUUACAAGCCUCAGCGCUUCACCACCAAUCCGUUCACUUUGCCGGUGCGCCCCUCCUACUCAUGGGAGGACUCGCGCGACCGCACCAGCGUACAGCUUCACGAAUCCGCUAUGCGCCAGUUCGGCCUGCCGCAAGGCACGAGUGGAUCCACUUCGGUCGCUGCCUCCAAUGAGAGCCCGGAGGCCGCUUACCAGAAGUGGGAGAACCGUGGUCUGCUCAUCCAAAAGCACGAGCGUCGCCUGAGUGACAGCAACAACUUGCUGGCUAAGAUGUGGCGUCGUCUCGAUCCAUAUGGCCGUGUCGGCGACGUCCUGAGCAACAAUGUCGUCGUGCAGCGCCAUGCCGAGCAGCGCGCCGAGCCAGCUUACAGCGAGAAUCCGUACAUGCAGGGCCUCUUUCACCAAUUGGCCGCAUACGACUACAUCAAUGCCGUCGAUCCGGAGUUCAUAUUGUCUCCAGCAGCACCCACUGCUGCUGCUGCUUCUGACCCUGGCUUGACCGAGAAGCGCCUCAACAGCCUUGCCACCACUGUCAAGAUGCAGUCUGGCCUGGUGCAGGAGAAGAACGAGACUAUUGAGAAGCUGCGCGCCCAACUCGCUGCACAACGCAAGGUCCAGCUGCAGUUCACCGCUCACCAGAAGGACAAAGACGAUACUAUUUCUCUCCUUGAGAAGCAGGUUCAGAAGGCCAGCGCCAGAAUAUCGACGCUCUGCAAUACCUUGUCUGAGACAAAGCCCAAGAGUAUUGCAGUGCCUCGUGCUCCUCGCAGCUCGCGUGCUCCGCGCAUCGCACGCACCGUACGCGCACCGCGUGCCCCUAGCCCAAAGCUCCCAGAGGAUGCUUUUGGCGGUAUUCCCGAGAACCACGCGUCCCUCACUUUCAAUGGCUUCUCCGAACACAACGCCUUCAAUCCUGCGCGUCUGCAGAUGUUGAUAUCGGUCAACCCUCCUGUCAGCAACUUUCAGGUGCCAAACGUCAAGCCUGAGGACGGCAUAUUCGAUGUCGGCCCGUUGUCUUCGGGAGCAAACAGAGCACCUCUUGGUCCCAUAAAGAGGCGUUACGACUCUGCCAUGCAGAGUUCGCACGGCAGCCGCACCGCUACGCCUCUGCCUGCCUGGUCGCCUCACGCGGGUCUGCCCAGGCGUGCCAUAGAGCAACAGAGAGACGUUGUGCUCCUCGACUACGACGACCCUGAGGAGGUGCCAAACGACUGUAUCAGCAACAAGCGCUUCAAAUCUGGCGUCCUUACACCCCCUCGUCCUGAGGACCUGGUCAUGAAAUCCGUCCAAGAGCCCACCGUCAAGGUGGAAGACGCUGAGUUGGAGAUGGGUGAGAUCAAAGAAGUGCCUGAGGUUGGCUCGGAGCACAAGUAUGUCUACGACGGUCUCGAGGAGAUGAUUCAGGAGGCUCAGAAGAGCGCCAAGGCUUGAGAUACGAACUGUGGUUACUGUAAAUCCCUGAACAAUAGCAAU